AGUGCGUGAAUUUCAUACCAAACCCAUACUUCGCAUUCCACCUUUACUGUCAAACCAGGAGAAAUAUUACAGAAAACAAAAGAGCACCGAGAUAAAUAUAACUUUAGCGAAAUAAACCUCGUCCUGCUCUAUCGGUAGAGGUGUUUCCUAAUAAAGGGAAAUUGUCAGAGAGAAACGGCAGAAGUCUUUGGAGAGAUCGUUCACCCCCUUUUCGACGUUAUCAGUACCUGUGUAGCGUGGGGGCUCGUGGCAGGGCCCGGUAGGAGCCGGCACCAUUGCGUCCAACAAGUGGAGUGCCAACGGCAGCCCGGAGCAGGGGCUGGAGGAUGGGGCCGAUGAACUGGACAAGGCCAUGGACGGAGACGCAGAGGGCGUGUGGAGCCCUGACAUCGAGCAGAGCUUUCAGGAGGCACUGGCCAUCUACCCACCCUGCGGUCGCCGCAAAAUCAUCCUGUCAGAUGAGGGGAAGAUGUACGGUCGCAAUGAGCUUAUUGCCAGAUAUAUUAAGCUGAGGACAGGCAAAACCCGCACAAGAAAACAGGUAUCUAGUCACAUACAGGUGUUAGCACGGAAGAAAGUCCGAGAGUAUCAAGCAAGUAUAAAGGCCAUGAACUUGGAUCAAGCGUCUAAAGACAAGGCUCUCCAGAACAUGGCGGCUCUUUCCUCCGCCCAGAUUGUGUCUCCGAGUCUCAUCAAGACCUCCCUUCCGCCUCUUCCACAGUCCCCUUACCCUCCAGCCGCACGGUUCUGGCCGACCCCCAUCCCAGGUCAACCUGGACCCUCUCAGGAGCUGGUUCUUAAGCACAACCCAGGAAGAAGUCCUGGGCUUGGCCGCACCAGCUACGCCAUCAAGCCAUUUGUAAAUCCCUACCCGAGCCUGUCAGGACAAGUUCAGUCCACAAUAUCAGCAUAUGAGUCUCUGGCUCCGCCUCCUCCGCCGGUGGCCACAGCAGUGCCCGUGUGGCAGGACCGCACCAUCGCCUCCUCCAAGCUGCGUCUGCUGGAGUAUUCAGCCUUCAUGGAGCUGCCGCAGGACCAGGAAUCUUACAGCAAGCACCUGUUUGUCCACAUUGGUCAGACGAACCCAUCGUACAGUGACCCUCUGCUGGAGGCCGUGGACAUUCGGCAGAUCUACGACAAGUUCCCUGAGAAGAAAGGAGGACUGAAGGAGCUUUACGAGAAGGGCCCGCAAAACGCCUUCUUCCUCGUCAAAUUCUGGGCGGAUCUGAAUAACAGCAGUGUUCAGGACGGACCAGGCUCUUUCUAUGGCGUCAGCAGUCAAUACAGCAGCUCCGAGAACAUGACCAUCACGGUCUCCACCAAAGUCUGCUCCUUCGGCAAACAGGUGGUGGAGAAAGUGGAGACGGAGUACGCUCAUGUUGAUGGAGGAAAGUGUUUGUAUCGCAUCCAUCGCUCUCCCAUGUGCGAAUACAUGAUCAACUUCAUCCACAAGCUCAAGCACCUGCCGGAGAAAUACAUGAUGAACAGCGUAUUAGAAAACUUCACCAUCUUACAGGUGGUGACCAACAGGGAAACCCAGGAGACUCUACUGUGUAUAGCGUUUGUAUUUGAAGUGUCGACGAGUGAACACGGGGCACAAUACCACGUCUAUAGGCUCAUCAAGGACUAGCAGCGCAUCGGUCAACAGACUGCUGAUGCUUUGCACAGACACUCCAGCACACGCUUGGAGGAAAACGCCAAAUUGUCCAAACAUCGGAGGAAAAUGCCAAAAUGUUACAAGAAAUACCAAAUGUUCUGAUCCUGGUGCCGAAUUUGAGUCUUUGAGGACGUUAAAAGAUAUAGUAUUACUUUGUUUAAAAAGAAAAGAACGUUUUUUUUUUUCUGUAUUUGUUUUUAAAUGCCUUCAUUACAGAAUGGGUCAUGUUGGUUUUGUUGCAUAUACAGAAGCGGUAGAUGUUUUUAAGCUUUGUUGUGUCUCUACAGAGGGAAUGUGAAGGUGUUGAUGGAAGAGAACGUCAUGAAAAAGACAAUGUGUGCUGUUUAUAUGCAGCGCUCACAGCAUUUUACAGUUAUAUAAUGGUGAAUCUCAGAAAAAUCUCAUUUUAUCCUGAAAUUAAAAGAAAAUGAUACAUUUAUUUUAUUGAUUGAUGUUAAACGCCAGGGAGUUGUUAUCAGAGGUGUAGCGGACAUUUUAAAAGUAGGGGGGAUGGCUGUAUGAGAUCAUACGUUCAUAUAAUUAUUAAUCACCUGUUUCUAAAUGGUCUGUCUCUAAAAGUGAGGGGGAUGUAUCUCCCCGUCCCCCAUGGUUGCUACACCCCUGGUUGUUAUUUUGAUUUUAAAACUGAUGUAAAACUAAAUAUAAAAAAUGAAUUUUUUAUUAAAGUUUGUAAAAGGGAAUGCUAACAUGAUGCAUUUUUUACAGUAAUAUGACAUUAAAAGCUAUUUAAUAAGUCUGACAGGAAAAAGACAAUGUGUGCUGUUUAUAUGCAGUGCUCACAGCAUUUUACAGUUAUAGAAGUGGGUGAAUCUCUGGAAAAUCUAACUUUUCUCUAAAAUUUAAAGAAAAUUAUACUGUAUGCUCAUUUUACAUAAAGAAAUUAAAAGCUGUUUAUUAAGUCUGUUCUAGAUUUAUUUUAAUGAUUCAUGUUAAACACCAGACAGUUAUUAUUUUGACUUUAAAACUGAUGUAAAGCCAAAUAUUAAAUGCAUUUUUAAAAUUAAAAUUGGUAAACAAUAAAAUAAAAUAAAAGGCAAUGCUAACAUGAUGCAUUAUUUACAGUAAUAAGAAAUUAAGAAUAAAAUGCUUAUUAGUCAUCAAUAUAGUUAGAAAAAUCAAUAAUUAGAGUUCAGUAUUAAGAAUCAAGUAAUAAGAAAUGAAAAGCUAUUUAAGUCUGUUCUACAUUAAUUUUAAUGCAUAAUGUUGAACACCAGACAGUUGUUAUUUUGACUUUAAAAUUGAUGUAAAAUCUAAUAAAAAAUGCUUUUUAUAAUUAAAUUUUGUAAAUAUUAAUAAUAAUCAAAUAAAGGGCAAUGCUAACAUAAUGCAUUUUUACAGUAAUAAGAAUUGAGAAGAAAAUGCAGUAACUUUACACACUGAAUCAUCUGUUAAGCAUUCGCAAAUAGUGAAUUUAUUUUUUAAACAUUAGCUUUACAUUAACAGAUGUUAGUAAGCAGUUUAUAACUGCAGAUACAAAUGCUUAUAAGCACAUCUAUAAUGUGCUUAAUGAUUGUACUUUCAAGCUUUGUUACUGAUUAAUUUUUCAUGACUAAAUUAUGAUUUAUGUAUUUAUCAUUUGUAUUUAGGAUUUCUUAUAUCAUUCAGAAUGAGUUAGUAAUGAUUAAUAAACUAUUCAAAUCAACAUUUAUAUCUUAUUAUUCAAGCAUAUAGUAAUAGUUCAUUUGUAUGCUAAUAAACGCUUUAUUAACUCAACUUCAUGCAAUUUUGUGAUCUUAAAGUGAGACUUUAUGGUUUUAUAAAUCUCUAAUAAUGACAAUUAAAGGCUCGGUAUCAAAUGAACAAUAAUCUUUACAAUAUUAUCUUAAAAAAUGACUAAAGUUUAAACAUUGCUGAAUAAGAGGAGUGUCAAAAUACAACAUAAAAUUAGGUAAAACAACAAUAUAAUAAUUUAACAAUAUAUUAUGAUGCAACAUUUCAGUGUUAUUUAGCGAUGUUUGGACUGCACAGUCAUUUUAUUUAAAUUAAGAUUGCAAAGAUUUAUUUUUCAUUUGCUACAGUUUCAUUAGUGUAUCUUCAAAUGACUAGAAAUUAAUAAAGUCAUUUAUUUUCUUUUUUCCUGUUUAGAAUAUAACUGAGCCUUUAAUUGUCAUUUAUAAGGGAUUUAUAAUACAGAAGUAGUCCUCACUUAAGGUCACAAAACUGGAUGAAGUUGAGUUAAUAAAGCAUUUAUUAACAUACAAAUCAACUAUUAAUAUAUGCUCGAAUAAAAAGAUAUAUAAAUGUUAAUUUGAAUAGUUUAUUAAGCAUUUACUUGCGCAUUCUGAACGAUCCAAAACAACAGCAACUUCUCUCAAAUAACUGGUUCGUAAAUAAUGCAAUACUUAUUUGGUAAUAAAAAAAAUAAUAAUUAUCACAGUAUGAAAGUUCAACCAUUAAGCACAUUAUGUGUGUGUUUAUAAGUCAAGAAUAGAGCAUUUGUCUCUGCAGUUAUAAACUGCUUACGUCUGUUAAUGUAGAGUUAAUUCUUAACAGAUAAUGAAUUCACUAUUGACUAAUGCUUAAUAAAUGAUUCAUAGUGUGUAGUUAUUAAAGUGUUCCCGCUAUCUGCAUUUAUUUUAAGGCAUAAUGUUAAACGCCAACCAGUUGUUGUUUUGAUUUUAAAAGUGAUGUAAAACCAAAUAUAAAAUGCAUUUCUUUUAUUAAAAUUGGCCAAAAAUACAAUUAAAGGCAAUGCUAACAUGAUGUAUUUUUUACAAUAAUAAGAAUUGAGAAGACGAUGCUUAUUAGUCAUUAAUAUAAUUAGAAAAAUCAGCAAUUUAAAAAUGUAUUUUCUUUAUGCAGCAUUUACAAACGAAGAAUAAAUGAAGGCUCUUUUAAGCCUGUUUUACAUUCAAUUUUAAUGAGCGACGUUGACUACCAAUAAGACAAAUUAUACUCUCGUUUUUAAAAGGUGAUGAUAUACAAAUCAAAAUAGUAAUUUUUUUUAAAAUAAGAAUUUUACAUCUUUUUACAGUAAUAAGUGGCAAGAAAAUAAUUAAUAUAAUACAAUUAUUAUGUUAAAAGAGAGAUUUUCUUUAUGCAGUUUCUUCUUAAUACAUUUUUAUUUGCAGAAAGAAGUCUUAUAAAAAUAUAUUUUCUUUUAAUUUUGGGGUGAAGUGCAUCAUCAACAGAUAUUUGUGAGAUUCAUCUGGUGUGUAAAUGAGGACCAGGCUGGCCAGCGGAGGGUUUAGGUUUAUAUUAUUAAAGGACAGACCUACUGAAAAACACUGCAGUUACAUUUAAGACUUAUUCUUGCUUUUAUUAACCCGACAAACACAAGGUUUCAGUUUUGCAGAUGUUGCUAAUGUUCCUGCCUUUCAAACAACCGACAAAGGCGUCAGAAACUGUUCAGCAGGUACUAAAGGACUUUGAGCUUUGACCCAAAUGUGAGUGCCUUUCUUCACAAAACUAUUGAUACUCUGAAGUGCCUUUCGACUACCUCUCGGCGUAAAAUAGUAGGAAUAGAUAGAGCGAACAAUUCUUCAUGCUACAACAUGACAAAACUCUGCUGUUCAUCCAAGCUUUUGAACUGAGGAAAGGUCAGAUUCAUGCUUGAUUGUUAGUCUGUCAGGCUGAAUGAAAUACGCAUGCAUGUUGCCCAUUGAGAUUUCUUACAACAUUUAAUCCUGGAACGAUACCUCAGUAGAGCUUUGUCUUUUUAAUUGCAUUACUGUCAUACUCUCUGGUGCUUUAAAUGUUUGCAUUUCCAUAUUAUUUGUUUAAUUCUUCACUUUCACAAGCACUCUUAUUACAAAUCAGAUCCUUCAGGCUUUUCUUUGUAGUGUUCCUAGUGUAAAAGGGAAAAAAAAUCAGUGUUUGUCAGCACAACUUGUAUGAUUCCUGUGGGUUUGGUUUGUGCAUCUUCAAUUUUUAAUAACAUGAAUGCACCAGAUGUUUGACUUUACAUGCUUUUUAUUAGAUUUUUUACAGAAUUAUGCCAUAUUAACAGUGCUGACACUGCUACUACUGAGAAAAAACAUUUAUUUUCCUCUAUUAAGGGCUCAAAAAAAUGAAUUCUUCAUGAAAUUCGACGUUUCAGCCCUUCCUUAAUGAAGCCACGUAGCAUUUUUUGUCCCUUUAAACAUGUAAAACAAUCCAGCCUGAAUGGAAAGUGCUCUUGGGAUGGUUUUUAGAUAGCAUUUUUUAUGUCUGGAUCAGUUUUUGAAGGUACUGCUAAUUUUUGGGUACAUCCUAAAAUGUAUAUUGGUACAGCCUUAAUGUUUGAACUUCACCGACGACAGUUUCCUCAAUUGUAUUUAGUUUUUUCUUACAGGCUUUUAUUUUGUUUCCUUUUUUUAUAAUUAUUGUUAUUAUAAAUAUUAAUUUUAUGUUUGCUCUUUGACUUUCAACUGAUGUUGUAUGCAUAUGUUGAAAAUUAAGUGUGUGUGUGUUGUUUUUUUUAUGCCAUAAUCGAAGUGGUGUUGGCAAAAGGCUUCCUGCUGUUUUUAACAGUUCAUCGUGGCCUUGGUUACCUGUUGUGCAUUGCAGUUAUGUAUCGAAUAUCUUCAAUGUUAGGGGUUUGUACAAUAUAUUCAAAAACAAUGUAUAGCAAUACCAAUAAAAUGGCAUGGGUCUCCUUGGACCGUAUUUCUUAAAACACA